AGCUAAAGAGUGGGAGGACACAGCGUUAGUAAGAGAGACAGGCAUUGCAGACAGACUUCUAUGUGCUUGAGUAAAACGAGUGCAUUUGCACUCGACAACUCUCUCACUUCCAACCCGUUUUUUGGACCAAGGAUGGUCGGGCAUACAUACGUCUCAGUCCACUUCAAUAACACAUUGCAUUGCACCAAGGAAACGGAUUUGUUCACACCUUGCCAACCAAACGCCCUUCCCAGAUGGCGCAGCCACAUCUCAGGCCGCACAUAUUCUAAUCCAGACCGCGCCAAUCUAUAGAUGGCUACAGCAGCCAGCUAGCGUCUUCAAUACGCUGGUCAGUAACUCACUACCUAGUAGAGCACACCGUGUGCCGCUGGCACUCCCACACUCUCCCGAAGCUGAAUGAAUUCCAUUGCUGCAGCUAGGUAGACUACCUAAACAACAUGUCAUCUUCUGAACCCUUCCUCGACCCCCCGACCCAAGAACG